AUGAUACCUCUCUGCCACCCCUUGCACCCAAGUAUCCGUGGUACCGCUGAUAAUAGGCAUAAUGUUAUUUGCACGGCAACCUAUUUUAUCAACACACACAGACUGAACAGAAGGCUCAUCCGUAAACACCAUUUCACUGAUUCCAGUAUUGUAAUCGUCCCAGCGUCCAUCCACGACCAUAUUGUCGAGGAUCACACACGCUUUGACAAGGUAAUCCAAAUCCGUUUUGUACCACAGCUUAAUCGGUCGCUACAGGAUGUGCCACCGUGCUAUUAA